UUGCUGUGUUCGACUUUUCUAUUCGGUGCCUCUAAAUCAACGACACUUCAUUCUCUCUUUUCUGCCCUCUGGGUCGUCAUUUACUUCCUCUUCUUUCCCUCGUCCUCGACAAUAAGGAAGCUCUCCAGGGCUACUUUGAGAACCCCAUUGCAACCCCCGCACGCCCGUCACCAAGAGCCAAUUCAGCUGUGCCUGGCACACGCACCACAAGCCCACACAACUGAGUCGUCGCCUGUUUUGAGGACCUACAACCCGAUAGCCUCUUUUUUUUCUGUGCGACGAGCCGUCCAAAGGACACAGCGAUCGAUCCGAAUUCCCUGCUUUUUGCAUCUCAAGAGACCAUGAACCCUCACCAGAAGAACAAGGUCGACAUCAACUCGCUCUCCCCGGAUGAGCAACGGCUCUUCCGCCUCUACGGCAAGCUUCCCUCACGAUCCGACCACUUCGCCAAGCACCUGAAAGACCGCAAAUACUUCGACUCGGGCGACUAUGCCAUGUCCAAGGCCGGCAAGGGCGACGACGCCGGUGCCGUUGGCUCGCAGCACCCCGUCCCCGAAAACAUCCCACACUUGACAUCUCCUACCAACGGCGGCACCAGCGCUCCGGGCCACGCCCACCGCGGAUCUGUUCCCGGCAUCCAAGCCGGCAGUCCUAUCAAAGAGGGCAGCUUCCUGAACAGAGAGACAUCAGCCGAGGGCCAGGUGACGCUGAGCGGCGACGACAAGAAACAGGACGAGGAAGAGGCCAAGCCUGUUGCCGCUGGACUUGCCGGAACACCGAUUGCUGCUGGCGAGGCCAUGCCGCUCCGACAAUAGACCCUUUACAAGCAUGACUAGGAAUCUCAAUUUAUAUCCCGCUUACGUGUGAAAAUUACAUGCUGUGGUAUCGGACCACGAGGAUACUACGAAUGGUACCAUCUCAUCACUUUUUUUUUCCCAGCCAUUUCUGAUUCAAGGAGUGCGAUAUGAGGCAUGACAUGAGACGCGGAGGAAUAGCUGCCAUAUCGAACAAAAUAAGCAUGAAUGGUGAUAUUGUCUACCAUCAUCACCCCGGUCUCUCGCAUCCCACUCUAUCUAGUUACAAAAGAUGAUGGUUACGAGAAUGAGGAAAAGGGCAAGGAGAGAUGUGAAGAUUGACACGACAGGUUGAUUUUGAAGAUGGAUGAAAAUCUUGUUGUUUUAUGACGAGCCUAUAGUUUAUGUGCCUUGCUCCUCCCCCCUUUUCUGUUUGCUUUUUCUUUAUUGUUGUUAUUAUAUGACACGCUGGCGUUUUAAAUCGGGGAAUGGGGAGGAGGAUGCAAGGGAAAUUGUUCAAACUUGACAGAAUUUUCUUUUUUUCCCCUUUGCUUUCUUUUUGCUUCAGGCGCUAUGAACUUUUUUUGUUUGCGCAGAAAAAAAAAAAGGCAAAACCAAAAAAAGAACAACUAUUUUAAACUAAAAAAAACGACGACAUGGACUUUGCCUCUUUCUUUUUCCUCUGUAUUUUUACAUGCUUCGAGUUGAAAAUCUGUCUUGCUUGUUCAUGUAUCUGCAUUGCUUUGCGUAUGUACCUUGUCUGAUGAUGAGAAAUGGGGAUUUCAAUUUAUUGCCACCGUUGCCGUUGCCGUUACCGCUGCCUUUUAUACGAUGCUGUGUUUCGAUGAAUUGACCUUUUUUGCUGUUUUUGGUCAUUUUAUUUCCGUGUAUGUAUGUAUGCUGUGUAUGCUU